GAAAUGUUCCUUCACACGUCCCAUCUCCUUCUUUAGUUCUUUCCCCUCUCUCUCUCUCCCUCUCUCUGCUAUGGAAUCUGUUAGUCGGCGAUGUAUUUACUCCGUCGCCGAACACAUUGCCGAGAAGUUGGCAAAUGCAACUUGCUAAUGCUUACCGUGCUCGUCUUCUAAACGAGGCGUUCAAUGCUAGUGCAUCUUCUUCUCCUCGAUAGCUUCUCCUGCUGCUUUUUCCGGUGGCCAUAGAGAUAGCAAACGAGCUUCUUAUUCAAUCUUCGUAUUUACUGAACGAAGUUGAGUUGGCUUUCUCUUUGUCUCUCUAAACUCUCUGUCUUUGUCUCUGUCUCUCUUCCUUGGAAUUCUGAGCUCCGAUCGCGUUCCUUGUAGCCGUUGGUUGUUUCCGAUCCCAUAGAUCUACACCGUUCGAUUAUCUGCUUUGAAAGCUGUUACUCGUUGCUCAAGUGUUUGUAAGUAGUCAUUUCUAAGCUUAUAAGUGGUUGCCAAACUUCUAUUUUAAGCUAGAAUCAGAGUUGAAAUCUCGAAGACGAAGAGCGCGAUGCUGGAUCUUAAUCUGAAUGUGGUCUUGGCUGAUUCGUCUGAGAAAGACGAAUCGGUAACUUUCCUCGAUAAAUUACCCGAAGGUUCUUCCGGGAACCAAUUAGACGAAUCGGGGACCUCGAACUCCUCGAUCGUCAAUGCCGACGCGUGCGAGGACGACUCGUGUUCCACACGCGCCACCAGGGACUUGUUCACCUUCAACUUCGGUAUAUUAAAAGUCGGAGGCGGGAACGACGUCGUCACCAAGGAGCUCUUCCCUGUGAGCGAAGGGAAGGACGGGGAUGCUAUGAAUUGGCAGGGUCAAUCUUCGUCCUCUUCUUCUUCGUCGAAGAAGAAUUGGAUCGACCUGUCGUUCGACCAGGGCGGUGGGUCUGCUGAGGUGAGAGUGGUUCAGCAACCGCAAGAGCAACAAAAGCAGCAGGUGAAGAAGAGUAGGAGGGGACCGAGGUCUAGGAGCUCGCAGUACAGAGGUGUCACGUUCUAUAGGAGGACUGGGAGAUGGGAAUCCCAUAUCUGGGACUGUGGGAAGCAAGUGUAUUUGGGUGGAUUUGACACUGCUCAUGCUGCUGCUAGGGCCUAUGAUCGUGCUGCUAUUAAGUUUAGGGGGGUUGAUGCUGACAUCAAUUUCAAUCUCAGUGAUUAUGACGAUGAUAUGAAACAGAUGAAGAAUCUGGCCAAGGAAGAAUUUGUGCACAUACUAAGGCGGCAGAGCACUGGGUUCUCAAGGGGGAGCUCAAAAUAUCGAGGAGUGACACUGCACAAAUGUGGACGAUGGGAAGCUCGGAUGGGGCAGUUCCUUGGGAAAAAGUAUAUAUAUCUUGGGCUGUUCGACAGCGAAGUAGAAGCUGCAAGGGCUUAUGACAAAGCAGCUAUCAAAUGUAAUGGAAGGGAGGCGGUCACCAACUUUGAACUGAGUACGUAUCAAGGGGAGAUGAUCUCUGAGGCCAGUAAUGAAGGUGGUGACCACAAUCUUGAUCUGAAUUUGGGGAUGUCUCCUCCUUCACUUGGUAAUGGUUCUAAGGAGAUUGAAGGGUGUCUUCAGUUCCACUCCGGCACUUAUGACAUGCAAAGUGAAAGGAGUUCUAGGAUGAAGAACCAUGUGCACUCAACGUUAACAGAUCCACAUUUAAAAGGGCUAGUAACGACAUCAGAGCAGUCAACCUUAAUGAAGGGUUUAUAUCCUAGCUUCUUUCCUAAUGAGGAAAGAGCAACAAACAAGAGAACUGCAUUAGGUUCUUCACAAGGACUCCCCAAUUGGGCAUGGCAAAUGCAUGGCCAAGUCAGUGCUCCCCCAAUGCCACUGAUCUCUACUGCAGCAUCAUCAGGAUUCUCAUUUUUGUCUACCCCUCGCUCCGCUGCCAUUCCUCCGGCAAAACCUCCCAGUUCAAUGCCCCACAAUCUGUGUUUUACUUCAUCAGCCACAGCUGCCGCCAACACCGCUCCAUAUUUUUACCUGGCAAAGCCACCACCUGCACCACCCUAGCCUAUUUCCCCCUCCGAAUCAAAGGGGGCAGGCAAACAUAACAGUUGUGGUUUUCAGAAUUCUUUUUAUAAUUCUAAUGCUGUUUGUGACAAAAUGCAAAGACUCGACUAUUCCUGACUUAGAUAGGUCAUUCCCAUACUAUGUUGGCUAAUAUAUGUUGAGAAAUGAUAAUUCCCAUUGCUUAUGGUUUCCAGCAA